UCCCCAAAAUUGGCCAAGAUGUGUGCCUUUGCAUCUGUAUUCUUGUAUACCAACUAUAUGAAUUGUUCCAACGUAAUUCUCUUUAUUAUUAAAAGUGCACACAAUUUUUCACUAACUGUAUGUAUGUAUUUUUAUGCUUGGUCUUUUUCAGCUCGGCAUAGCAGUUGGUUUCGUGCUGCCUCCAAUUUUAGUGGAAAACUCCGAUGAUCUGGAUAAAAUUGGCAGCGAUUUGCUUUUUAUGUUUUACUGCUUUGCAGGCUUUACGACCGUUUUAAUGGUGCUGAUGAUACUUUUUUUUAGGGAUAAACCACCUACACCGCCAAACCCAAAGCGUUCGGCCACAUCUUCAGAUGAAGCAGCUGCUCAGGCACCAUUUAUGCAAUCAUUGAAGAGUUUGGUGCUGAAUCGCAACUACGUACUGCUUCUAAUUUCGUAUGGAAUGAAUGUUGGCGUAUUCUAUGCAAUAUCCACUUUGCUCAAUCCGGUGGUGCUCAAAUAUUAUCCAGGCCAUGAGGUUGACACAGGUCGCAUUGGAUUGUCUAUUGUACUGGCAGGCAUGAUCGGCUCCGUCGUCUGUGGCAUUGUGCUAGACCAAAUGCGCAAAUUCAAAGAAACUACGUUAGCUGUUUACGCCUUCUCAAUGGUCGGUAUGUGGAUAUUUACAUUUACAUUGGAUACAGGACAUAUUGCCGUGGUCUACGUGACAGCUGCACUUUUAGG